AUGAGCUCGGAAGUAUCUCCCGAUAAUACCAAAGAAGAUAAAGAGAAGCAAGUGGAGGUAGAAGCAGUUUCGCCAAAUAACGAGUCCACGGAGAAAAAACCGGCCCAUGAUUUCAAACGAACCGACUUUAUGGCCAAUGAGUCGGUUGGCAAGGUUAUGUGGAAAUUGACAUAUCCCUCGCUGAUCGCCAAAGUGGUGUCGGCCAUGUAUGCCGUGUGCGAUUCCGCGUUCAUUGGUAAGCUUGCCGGAGAGACCGAGGCAGAGCGUCUUACCGCUCUGUCUGCAGUUUCGCUUGCAAUGCCUUUGGAGCAAGGUAUUAUCCACAGCUUAGCAAUGAUGGUAAGCAAUGGUGGAUCAACCGUCUAUGGACAAGCGGUGGGAGAGCACAAUGUGGACAAGGGGAAAAGGGUGAUCGGGAAUACCUAUUUCCUUGAGAUUUGUGUGGCGAUUCUAUUGAUUAUUCUUGCUCCGCUCAUUAACAGACCCUUGCUCAUCCUGUUGAAGGCAAGCGAGGAAGCGAACACUCUUCCUUUGGGUCUGGACUACGUCAACACUUUGUUUUAUGGUAGUAUUUGUUACUGUAUGUCGAUGGCAUCCGCUGAUUUGAUUCGUGGUCAGGGAUCGGCCAUCCUGUCUUGUAUCGUAUCGAUCGUAUCUGCAUUGUGCAAUAUCAUCGGCGAUCCAAUUUACAUCAAAGUGUGUGGCCUGGGAGUUAUGGGCGCUGCUCUUUCGACGGUCCUUGCCAACCUUGUGAGUUCAGUGAUCGGAGUGUCGAUCAUGUGCAGCAAGAAGGCGGUGGUUCGGUUUGGAAUUGCCGAUAUGAAGCCGUCGUGUGAAAUGGACAAGAACAUCAUGGUGACUGGAAUGUCUGGACUGGUGUCAGGCUUCGCGGGCGCGUUUGUGACGAUCAUCAGCAAUUUGUUGGUGAUGCAUUACUCGAAAUACCCUGCAGAGAGCAUUGAAACGAAGGCCGUUUUGAGUGCCUGGGGCUCGAUGAGCAAAGUGUACUUUGUGAGCUUCAUGCCCUUGAUCGCGUUGGCGCAAGGCGUUCUUCCCUUGCUAGCCUACUCGUUUGGUGCGAAGCUGCACUCCCGCUUCAUGCAUUGCUCGAAGAUCAUGUUCGUCUGGGAAAUCGGCAUCACGAUCGUUCUGGAAGUGCUCAUUCUGAUCUUCACUCCCUCUAUCGCCAAGAUUUUCUCAAACGAGGAGCACUUCCUGGAGUUCUUCAUCCCGGCCAUGCGAAUUAUGGUGAGUGGCGUGUUUUUGCAGCCUCUCGUGAUGUCGCUGUUCCCUAUGCUCCAGUCCGUGGGGAAGGGAGGUUUGGGUGGAAUGUUGCUCGCCAUGAAAACGUGCUUCAUCCCGCUUGUUUUGCAGCUGGCUAUGAGUUGGAUGGUUGGCGAUUACUGGGGCGCGGUGUACGCGUAUCCGGUAACGGAAGUGGUGAGCGCGCUGCUGGCUGUGUUGUUCUUUGUGAAGAAUCGUCAUUUAUUUGAAGGUUCCCAGGAACUCCCUGUAGUUUCAAAAGAAUAA